AUGUCAUCAAUACCAGAGAGAACACAUCAGUUCACUCAUUCAAAUAACCAAAGAAGAGCAUCUGUAGUCUAUGGAUCUGAUUUUGGUAAACAAGGAUUAUUCAUCCCAUCCGAUUUCUUUCCAUCAUCAUUACCAUCAGAUAGACAACACUACCAUCACUUUCCACCAACAACAGAUGAACAAGCAGUUGAAGAUUAUAUCCCAUCCUCAGAUGAGACCGAACCACUAUUACACGUCCCCAGUACUAUGGCUUUGCAUUUACGUAGAAAGCUGAGUGUUGCCCAAGAAUUAAUUGACCAAGAACGUGAAUUAUUAAACGAAAAUCAUAUUAGUUAUGUCGGUGGUGAUGAUCAAGUAAUUGAAGCAUUUGAAGAUGCGGUAUCAAAACAUAAAAUCACAGGUACUACUCCAAUAAUUGAACUUAAAUCAUUGGUUAGGUCUUCAGUCCCAUUAGUGUUGACUUUUUUAUUACAAAAUUCCUUAUCUACCGUUUCAGUUUUCAUGGUUGGUCAUUUAGGUGCAACUGAAUUAGCUGCCGUUUCUAUGGGUGCCAUGACAGCAAAUAUAACAGGAUAUGCUACUAUUCAAGGUAUAGCCACCGCAUUGGAUACAUUAUGUCCACAAGCAUUUGGUGCAAAGAAAUAUACACUUGUUGGAACCUAUUUACAAAAAUGUUGUGCAUUAUUAUUUACAGUCAUGUUACCAAUUUUAUUCGUUUGGUUAUUCUUUGCAUAUGAUUUAAUAACCCUAAUCUUACCCGACAAGGAAACGGCAAAACUUUCCGCAGUCUAUUUACAAAUCGUUUCAGCCGGUAUACCAGCAUAUGUCCUUUUCGAAUGUGGGAAACGUUUCCUUCAAGCCCAAGGUAUCUAUCACAUCUCAACCUAUGUCUUAUUAUUCGCCGCGCCAUCCAACUUACUCAUGAACUAUCUAUUAGUCAAACACAUCGGAUAUCUCGGUGCACCCAUCGCCGUGGCCAUAAACUAUUGGUUCAUGAUCAUUGGGCUCAUGUUAUGCAUCCUCUUCUAUAUCAAACCAGAAGACACUCCAACCGGAUUACACCCCCUCAAAUGCUGGGGAGGUCUCAACAUCCGUGAGGCAUUCAAGGGUUGGGGAAAACUCGCCCAAUUGGCCAUUCCGGGACUUAUUAUGCUUGAAGCUGAAUUCUUGGCGUUUGAAAUCAUGACUUUGUUAUCAUCAUAUUUGGGUACGAUUGCACUUGCGGCCCAAUCUAUAGGUACUACUAUGGCGGCAUUGACAUAUCAGAUUCCAUUUGCGAUUGGGAUUGCUUCAAGUACUAGAAUUGCCAAUUAUUUGGGUGCCGGUUUGGGAUCGGCUGCCAGGACAACCGUUAAGGUUUCAUUAUGUUUUGGACUUGUGAUUUCGACGAUUAAUUUCUUGUUAUUAUAUGUAUUCCAACGUCCAAUCGCAAAAGCGUUCACUAAUGAUGAGGAUGUUAUUAGGACUGUAUCGGGAGUUAUGUGGUUAAUCGCCCUUAUGCAAAUUCUGGACGCCAUGAAUGCCAAUUCAGCAGGAUGUUUGCGAGGACAAGGGCAGACUAAGAUUGGUGGAAUUGUGAAUUUGUUUAGUUAUUAUGUGGUCGGAUUACCAUUGAGUGUAUAUUUGAGUUUUUAUUCUCCUUGGAGUGGAAGUUUGCAUGGAUUAUGGAUUGGUAGUUGUGUGGCGUUGACUAUUAUUGGUGGGGUACAGAGUUAUUAUGCCCUUUUUGCUGAUUUUGACAAGCUUUGCGAGGAUGCUAGAAAGAGAACUUCAGUGGAGCAUGUCUAA